AUGCCAGCUCUCUCCCUAUUUUUCCUUGGUUGUUUGGUUGAUUACAAGUUGCAGUUCCCUUCUGUGCUGGAAUACUCCUGGAUACUGUCGCUCCAAGCACCCUUAAAGGAAGGGAUCACCUCUGUUUUAUCAAUGGCGAACCAGCAACCUGCCCGCCCCUGGUUUCGGGCCGCUUCUCUCGCUCGACCUGCCCAGCCACCGCCUCAGCCCACGGCUCCGGCGGCCGAGGUCACCGCUCCACCGCAACCACGUCCGUUCCGGACUGUCUCUACGGUGGCUCCUCCCGCUGCGAACCCACCUCCGGUAACCCGCCCGACUGGUCCGCCUGCAUUGCAGCCAACUGCGGCGGCAGCACAAUCUGCAAGACCAACCAACGGCGGCGACUCUGUUCAGGCUUACCCAGCUGUUCGCACCGAUGGCAUUGCUGCUUCUUCCCUCCCGUCCUCUCCCAAACCUGCAAUUACGCCCGCUCCUACUUCUUCUCUUCCAUCUUCCCCUGUCCGUAAACCGGCAGCUGUUUCCUCCUCUGUCCCUGGCUCUCCGGUUCAGGCCCGAAAGAUCUUUUCAGUCACUAAUUCUCCGGUGAGAAACCCUGUUCCAACCGUAUCUUCGGUUCCGAAUUCUCCCAAACAAGGACCGGCAGCAGCACCACCGGCGACCAAAUCUGUCCCGGAGCCGCCUCCGAGAUCCGUCAAUCCGGCGGCCGAAACCCCACCUCAAUCACCCAAGAGAAACCCCAGUGCUCCACCUCCAUCGCCUCUGACCCUGCCGCCGUCUCAAUUGAAACCAGCACCCGAACCCCACUUUUUCCCCGAGGCAGAGCAGAAGACCGUGGUGCUCCAGAAGACGACGGAGAACCACUCUGCCACGAAGAAGUUCUGGUCCGGCUGGAGCGGAUCUGAGGGCGGCGCUGGGAAUCCUCUGAUGGGUCUUUGACCAAAGGAAGAGAAUCAGAAGGCGAAGAAGAAUCCGUCCGAUUUCGAAGACAAGGGGACCAAGAUCAUCACCAUAGCCGGAGAAAACAGGGGAGCCCUGAUGGAACUGUUCCGUUCUCCCCGGAAAUCGGGGAAUCCGUUGUUUCCGGGGAACCCUCGUUACCUCCACAGGAGCCUCGGAACCAGUUCCGGCAGCAGCAGCGGGGAAGACGGAGAGGGGAAGAAGAACAAGGCGGAGAGGAGAGGCGGAUCGGGAACAGGGAAAGGAGCGAAGCCGAUGAGCGCAGUCAUGAACAGUAACGUCCAGGGGAUCAACAACUCGAUCAUGUUCAAUUCCUCCUGCAGCCACAACGAUCCAGGCGUCCACGUGUCGCUCUCCAGAAAUCCCUCCGACGGCGGCGGUGGAUUGCAUCACGGGAAGGACCACCGCAGCAAUGGAUAUGAAAGCUAGAAACAAAGCUGGGAUGUCAUUCUCUUCAUCUUCUUACUUCGCCCUUUCCUUUUCGUGUGUUUGAAUUCUCAGCAUUCCAUAAUAACCUACAAAUUGACGCGGGAAUAAACGGAAUUGGCCUUCUGCUGCGAUGUUCCAUUCCUUCUUCGAUCAUUCGCUUUCUGUCUACAGCUUUACUUCAAAUGGGAAUGUAAUCGGCUGGUCCCGAAUCCUAGUUUUGUAUAAGUUUUGGUGUUCUGUAUCGCAAAUUGCAGCUAUGUUUCCUAGUGGACUAUAUUCU